AUUAUAACCCUGGGGUGCCUCAGUGCAAUUGGGUACGCCCCUUUUAUGUUUCAAAGUUUUUUAAAAUUGUUUUAUGUGAUGUUCCAAUGGACUAGAGUGUAAUUUUUGGGCUUAAUUAUUAUUAAUGAUUUUCGGUGUCCAAGUGAUGGGUUAAACCGUUCCCAAGCGAUUCGAAAUGGUUGAUUCUUUAACUUUCAUAGGGUCAAGGGGCGAUUCUAGCCCAAGGUUUGAAAAUUUUGAUCCCUCCGCCAAUUCUGGCUGAUUUUGGAUUCGGCCGGACCGAUCUGGGAUUCUGGAUCCGGAUUCCUUGUUUUUAAACCCUGUUCUAACUUCUAGCCUCUUUCAGCUUGAUUGGAUGAUCCUUCAGCUUCACUUGACGGUGGAAAAGGAUUGGAUGACCCUUCAGCUUUACUUGACGGUGCUUCUCCUUGGGAGUUCAAUUUGAAAAUUUUAAAAUUUGAACAGGUGCUACGAGCUAGCCGCACAGGGGGAGUCUUAAAGUUUUUUCCACUCGCUGUUUUUCUUCUGUUUUUAUGGUUAUCUUAACGGAUCUCUCAUAACCAAUGAACUUGUUUCAGCCUGUCUUAUUUAGGCUACCAACAACCAAAAGGGCCAAACUUCUUUGCAUUUCAUGUCAUCUCCAUCGCAAUCUUACUACUACCACACACUUUGAACCCCAAGCCAAUGUUCAAUCUUCAGUACACUCCACAAUACCGGAUUCUAAUCCAGACCCAGUCAAAGUAGUUGCAACCCAAUUGUCAGAAUGCACUAAUUUGCUGCAACUGAACCAAAUUUAUGCCAAAAUCAUCCGAACCCACUUGUUAGAAUUGAACCCACUUACGUUUUAUUGGAACAGCAUCAUGAGAUCCUAUGUCAGGCUCGAUAUCCAUUACAUGGCUCUCCGGGUUUUCAUUGCCAUGUCACGGUCUGGUGUCUCCCCCGAUUCUUACACAAUUCCUCUUGUCUUAAAGGCUACCUGCCAUGUUUUUGCCAUCGACACCGGUCGUCAGCUUCAUUCGGUUGCUAUUGUUCAUGGGCUUGAGUUGAAUGAGUUCUGUGAGAGUGGUUUGAUCAGUUUGUAUUGCAAAGCUGGUGAUCUUAUGAAUGCACAAAGAGUAUUCGGACAAAAUCCUGAGAGGAAAUUGGGUUCUUGGAAUGCCAUUAUAGGAGGUCUUGCUCAAGGAGGACAUGCCAAGGAAGCUAUAGAUAUGUUCAUAGAGCUAAGGAAAUCUGGGCUUCGGCCAGAUGAUGUGACAAUGGUUAGCAUAACAUCUGCCUGUGGAAGUUUAGGGGACUUGAACUUAGCUCUUCAGCUACAUAAAUGUGUCUUCCAAGCUAAAACCGUUGGGAAACCAGAUAUUCUGAUGCUGAAUUCUCUUGUUGAUGUAUAUGGAAAAUGCGGUCGAAUGGACCUCGCUUAUAAGGUCUUUGCAGGCAUGGCACAACGCAAUGUGUCUACCUGGACAUCUAUGAUCAUGGGUUAUGCAAUGCAUGGUCAUGCCUAUGACGCGCUUGAGUGCUUCAACUACAUGAGAGAAGCAGGGGUUAUUCCCAAUCAUGUGACAUUUGUUGGGGUCCUGAGUGCUUGUGUACAUGGAGGGAUGGUAGAGAAUGGGAGGCAGUACUUCGAUAUGAUGAGAACAUAUGGCUUCAUGCCCACGCUGCAACAUUAUGGGUGCAUGGUGGAUCUACUAGGACGUGCAGGAUUGCUUGAAGAGGCUAGGAAGAUGGUGGAAGAGAUGCCGAUAAGGGCUAACUCUGUCAUCUGGGGAGCUUUGAUGGGAGCCUGUGAGAAACACAGGAAUGUCGAGAUGGCAGAGUGGGUAGCCAGGCAUCUAGUGGAACUAGAGCCAUGGAAUGAUGGGGUUUAUGUUGUUUUAUCCAACAUAUAUGCUAGUGCUGGUAUGUGGGAAGAUGUUGAGAGGAUAAGAGGGGUGAUGAAGGAGAAGAGGGUUGCAAAAACUCCUGGGUAUAGCUUAACAACCAAUUGAUUUUGAUCCAAUAUGUGUUUACAAAUGUCACAUAAUUUGAUCAAGCCUUUUCUGCAUUUCCUGUGUAAGUUGAAGUCAGGUAUAACUUAACAACCAAUUCAUUUCAACCAAAAUGGCUUUUACAGAGGAGAGACUACACAUAGUUUAAUAAAGCCUUUCUGCAUCUUCUUUGUAUGUUGAAGCGAUCGAUCUUCUACUUCACUAUAUAACUCCUCUUCAAAAGAAUUCAUUUGAUUCAUCCCAAAAUAAGUUUCAGAUUUUUUUCAUUGUCAUAGGAGAUAGGAGAGCUAAACCUUACCCAGUUACCAUUGCAUCAUUCCAGACUCCAUCAGUAUUUGAUUGAUUAGGACUCUUUCAUACCUGAAGAGACCAAACAAGGAUUAAUAGAUUUCUCAUCUUGACUUUGUAUUGUAAAUGUAGCGUUAUUUCUAGACAUUUAAAUAGACCUGUCAUGUGCAGUUCUUUGUUAGGCCUCUAAUAGGGGUGGAAGGAGACAGCUAUAUUUGGUUAUGGUUUCUGGAGAGGCUGGCCAAACUUGGGGCAAGGAGGGAUUCUUUAUAUCUGGGCAUUGAGGUUAUAUGUUAAUUUUUCUGUAGCUAUUUGUCUUGCAACAGUGAUGUUCCUUCUUUCAGGCAAAUCUGCAAAUCUUGAUAUCCACCUUGAAGACAGAAAGUGUAUGUACAUAGAAGGCUUGAAACAACCAUGCCGUAAUUAGACUACCAGAUGUACAGCUCAAAGGGUGAGCUGAUGAAGUGUGGCUUUAUUGGCUUCUCAUGGAACCUGUCUAGGCUGAGAGCUUGAGACAUUAGCCCUGGAGCAGAGGUUGGACAUUUUGGUCCCAAUGGUUCCAGGCAUGUAUUAUAGACUUGUGACAGAGCAUGCCUGAUCUUCUACUGAGCAAAUUUGCAAGCUAGUUCAGUACAAUGCAAAUGAUGUUAAUGUGUAGUUUUGAUCAAGUUUAGAGUGGAUCUAUUUGUUUGAGUUGAAAAAUACUUUCUGGAAAAUCAAGUAUUGGUGUCAAUAAUUAUUUUUGUAUUCCUUUUAUUUAAAUUCAAGGAACAUAUAGGGUAAUGGGAGAUUGAGAAAGGGAAUAUGAUGGAGGUAGUUCCCUCCACAGGUGGGGUGAUGGUUGUGCAGCUCCAACUAUUUUUUGAAAAAAUAACAUUCCGAACAUUUAAGGAAAA